AUGAUGACCAAAAGUGGGGAAAAGUCGCCGAAGAAGAACGGAGUGAACGCACCCGCAGUCGCCGAUGAAGUGGACGGCCCUCUCCUCCACUCGGAUGCGCCGCCCGGAGAGCUGAGCACUUGGAUGACUAACAUAUCGCCCACAUUAUACGACACUCCCAUCUGGAAACUAACCAUUCCUGGAUCCCACGACUCGGGCUCGUAUGGCCUGUCCGUCGAUUUGGGCGUCAGUCCCGAUCGACCCGAUCUUCAGCGCAAUAUUUUUGUCCGACUUUUCAAAUGCUUUUCUCUGCCGACAAUCCAUCGGUGGACCAAAACCCAAUCGCUGGACAUAACGGGCCAAUUGGCGGCCGGUAUUCGCUAUAUAGACAUCAGAACCGCUUCCAAAGUGGACGACAAUAACCUGUACUUCUGUCACGGGCUGUACGGCCCGCAAGUGGUUGAUAUGCUUCACCAAAUUAAUGCAUUCCUACAGCAAAACCAAAGGGAAAUCGUUUUUAUAGAUUUCCAACACUUUUACCGCCUCUCAGACGACGAUCACAAACAGUUGACCACAAAGAUUAUGGAGAUAUUCGGCCGCAAACUUGUGCCGUACAGUUCGCAACUGCUAAUGGAUAGGAUAACGUUGCGGUACUUAUGGGACAAACGACAGCAAGUGUUUGUGUACUAUCGCAAUGAGACGGGCCGUAUGGAGGCGCCCGUCCUAUGGCCGUCCCGAUGCCUACCGAACCCGUGGGCCAACACAAUGAGUCGAGAAAAGUUGACCAGUUUUCUGGACACGAAUAUCUCCGGCCGACCGCCCAAUAGUAUGUACGUAACGCAGGGAAUACUGACGCCCAGUAAUCGAUACGUCGGACUACACUUCUACUCGUCGUUGCGCUGGGAUUUGGCCGACGCUUGCAAUCAAUGUUUGACCAAAUGGUUGGAAGACAAGAGCGCCGGCACUAAAGGGCCCAAUAUUGUAAUGUCCGACUUUGUCGAGUGGAACGGCUAUGAGAUUCCCCUCAAGACUGUCAAACUUAAUGAGAAAUUAGCAUUAAAUGCGUACAAGAAUUAA